AUCAAACGACGAUUGUUGGUGGGGUGGUGCAACUGAUUGCAAUUUGAAAUAUUUUUAAAUAAAUAGAAUCAAUUUUGGACUCUUACUUCACUUAUAAUCACAAUUCCAUGAAGUUUAAUAGAGAUUUGAAAGACGUCGGUAUAUUCGUAAGUACUUAUAUACAAUUAUAAUUUAUAUGUACCUAUAUGCCAUUAUGGCAUUGAUUUAAAAUAUUAACAAUUUUUAAUAUUCCAAAUACCUAUAAUAAUAUUAUAGUUCUACCGUUGAAUUUAUAACGUGCCUACUUGUAUUUGUAAUAUACCAAUGCUUCCAAUUAUACCGUUGUGUGUACCAUAUAUUACAAUGGAGGCCCAAUUAUAACUUACCUAUAGUUGUUAUAGGAUUACUUACAAGUUGUAUGACUCAGGUAUAUAUUUACGAAAAUGGCUAUGAUUUUUGUUAAUUAGCUUUUUCUUGUGCUUUUAUCUACACGUGCAGCAAAACUUGGUACCUAUAUAUAUAUAUAUAUCUAUAAAUUAAAUUAAGUCUAUUAAUGUUAAGCUAUUAAGUCUAUUCGAAUCAUUUUUAAAACACAGCAACGUUUCUCAGUUUAAACAAUUUUAAAAUUCGUUGUUUAUUUAAAACACUGGGGCAUAUUCUAUUUUUACAUUUUAUAUUUUUAGGACGGAUAUGGCACGCUUAAACACAUAGGUGCUAAUAGCCCAAUUAUUAUUUGGGGGAGGGGACUUAAGGGGGGUGGGGGUGGGGGUGGGGUCUGUGCGUUGCGGAAAAAGGCACAUUUUUGCGAAUUUUUUUUUUUUAAACAAUAAUAUUGUUUACAUAUAUAUAUACCUGAGUAGUAUAUUCUACUUGAUAACAUCUUGAUUUGGAAGGCUCGACUGAGUUUGGCGGGGGCAAAGACCACUGACCUUUCCUACGUAUGCAUAUGCAUAAACUUUCGGUUCACGUAUUUCAAAUUAAAUUAAAAAUUAAUCGGUAUCAAUAUUGUGUAUACAAUUUGUUAUUUAUGAUGCGAAUUAAUUAAUUAAUUAUUAUUAAAUUUUUAACAACGACGUAGGUUUUAGCUAUCAAUAGUUUUUAACCAAUAGUGAUAGCUUAUUGAUUUUGUUUUGAAUUCACUUCUUAAUUUGUUCAACAUUUGAAAUGUUUAUUGGUACCUAUAUUAUUGUUCAUAUUUCGGCACGAAGACUUAGAAAUCCGGGGCUUUUGAUUAGUGUUGUUUAAAUUUAAAUUAGUAGGUACCUAUGUUUGUUAAAUGUAUUAUUUCGUCUUUUGAAUGGCUACCUGGUUUAAAGUACAGAGACUAUAGACACACAGUUAGAUAGUCUCAAUCAUUUUAAGUAUUUACUAUUUCGUCAUCAUGACAUCAUGUGUAGUCGCAUAAAUCAUAAUAGAACGCGAAGGUAUAUUUUUAUUUUUACAUACAGGUAUCUACACAUAGCGCGUGGCGUUUUAGAUUUUUGCACUUGGGCGACGGCCUAUUAAUGAUUUUCGAAAGUCGAUGCCCUAUAUUAUAUAAUUAGGUAUACGAUUCGUUUAUCGAAAAUGCUGUGUAAAUUAUAAUACGCAUAUGAGGUUAAGUUAUUAUAGCGGUUCGUAGAUAAGAAUAAAUACUGUACUAUCGGGUAUUAUUUAUUAACUUGGCGUCUUAACUCAAGUAGCUUACCACAUACUGGCUACUCAUAACCUACAUUCGAGUUCAUAACGUCCGUAAAACUGCACGGAUUCUUUACACUUUGAGGCUUUUUUUUAUUUUUCUCUGCGGAACAGCGGGUUAACGGACACCAUGAGGUUGCAUAUUAUAGACCGCGGGCGUCUAUAAGUUAUAACUCGUUAUAUUAUUACCAAAUUUUAAAAUAAUAUCGCAAGAAAACAAAUGGUGCGAUUGAAUUUUGGGCGCAAGAUUUCUGGUAGAAAAAAAAAAAAAAAUUUAAAAUACUGAAUUCGUUUAACUCCGUAAAUUUGGCAGUAUUUCUUUUAUGUUUUUGUUUUUUUUUUUCCGAUCUUCUCAAUUAUUGAUUAUGAAAAUUGCUUGGAAAAUCAAAAAAUGACCUCGACAGUUAGCUGGCUACACGCAAAAAAAAAGAUCUCUUGUCAUUUUUUGAUCGGAGCAAGAUUAUGGUGAAAAAAAAAAUUGUUCACAGCCAGAAAAAAAAUAAUAAUAACCACAUCACAUAGAUACGUAAAACCCAUGACUCUGCGCAGAAUCUAAAAAUAAAUUCCUCCUUAUAAUAAUAUGAUACACUAGAUACUAGAUUUUGUUUUCUAUUUUCGACUUAUAACAGUAAUAUUUUCUCAAAAAAAUCUCAUAGCUAAUUACCGCGAUAUGUAACUUAAUGUAAUAAUGGAACAAAAUAUUGUAUCAUUUUAUCGAAAUACGUAGCAUACCGUCUACACUCUACGUCGUAUUAUUUAAAUUUACUGUGUAUACAAUGUCUAUUGUAUUGGUACUUAAAAAAUUGCACUAAGCAAGCGUUGGUGAGUCAUUGGCUCAUCAUCGCCUUACUGUUUUUUUUUUCCUUUCGAUUUGAUAUAGGUACUGAUGGACGGACGAUCAAAUUAUUUUGAAUUUUCGAGUUCAAAAAUUCGACAAGAUUUUCGUUUCCGUUUACUUUUUCGAACGGUUAAUUACAUUUUUGUUGUUUUUUUUUUUCCAUACCUACCUAUCUGUAUGUUUUUAUCACGAUAAUUUCAGCAGUUUUAAUCAGACUCAGGUACCUAGGGAUAUAACAUUUUGUGUGCAAUGUACGCAAGUUCAUCGGAAUUUAUUAUUUACUGAUAUAGUUUUGCGAUGACGUUAAAAUACUGUAGGUUUUAAUUCAUUACAUAAUCGAAAAUAAUGUUUAUCUAAAUCUACCUGUGUAGGUAUCUCUAAUAUAAUAUGAUAAUAUAUCUGCUUAUAGGUAGGAGGCGAUCGUCCGAAUAAUUAAUUUUUCGUCCGAAAUGCAUUUCGGUAAUAUUGAAAUUAAACGCGACUCUGUCUAGAAAGACUGCUGGUAUAUAGAGCUGCAGUGAACACUGACUGAUACUUCAAUCAAUACGUGGACCAAUGUUGGCAAUACUUGUAUAGACAAUAAUACGAUAUUCUUUACUCUACCUAGCCAUUAUAAACUGUUUUAAGACGUAGUAUAAAGAAAAAAAAAAAUAAAAAUAAACGCUUUUCUUUUUUUUAAUCUGAUGUAAUUGCGCGCAUAAAACGCGUUUCAAUCCGUAUUAAUAAUGGUCUACAAUCAUAGAAUAAAAAUAGUAUUGCCAAUUAUUUUACAAUGAUUGUUAUUUGUAUAAAUGAAAACGGACAUCGCGGAUCACGAUUGUGCGAUGCCGUUAACACUUAUUAAGUUAUAAACGUUGACCGCAAAAAAACGGUAAUGAUGAUAAUUUACUUCGGACUUUCGUCGUUUAUGACCACCGCGGGGACAAAAGGAGCGAAAUGGGUACAUUUUCAGUGUCGUGUACGCAGUGGCACCAUUUUCAGCGUUCCGAGUAGAAUAGCGAAAUGUCAAGCGGGUCAACUUUUCCCUUACGUCGGGCCACACGUAUUAUCUCCCCCCAACCCCCCCCCCCACCACCGUCAAAAUUGUGAUUUACCUCGUGCGAUUCGAAACAAAAGUAAAACCGCCGCGAACAAUCCGCAGUAAUACGAACAAACGAUAUUUUAAAUCUAUCCGGCAGCGCUCGCUCGUCGGGACCCACUCCUAGUCGGUUAAUUGCGCAAGCCGUUGAUAAAAUAUUAUUAUACUCAAAGAUAAAAUUAAAUUACCCAUGUGCGAUUCGCAAUUACGUCACUGGCCGAGAUUCGGUGCGUGAAAAACGUUUUUGGCCAAUUAUUUACUCUCGUGUACCGAUUAAUACUGUAUUCGUCGUACGCCGUCGAAGUCGUUAAAAAACGUUCCGCAAAGGACGUAUAGGACGCGGCGGACGACUCGCGGGACUGCGAUUACAAUACGUCAUAUGCCAUGGACACGUGGACCUGGGUUAACCUAGGCGUGUAAUAAUACCCUGUCAAAUUUUCGGGGGGGGGGGAGAGAAAGACGAAAAACGAGAACGGCGGAAUAUCCUGCCGCAAUCGUUGUUUUACGGAAAAUAAUCCGAAAGCGAGCUGCUAUUAUUUGCUCCGGUGUGUAAUACUAUUAUUGUAGGCACGAACGUCCAAGUGCGCGUUUCGCUUUUCGCGCAUAUCACUUGCAAAGUUACCGACACUGCACCGGCCCCGGGCGGGGUCACACGGCACAGUACCGAUGCGCGGUGUGCACCGUAAAUAUUAUUAUGCACUCGUCGCCAAACGCCGGGACGACGGUCCGUCGCGUUUCUUAUCGCGCAAUUUAUUUCGGUAAAACGUGCGCGAUACCGGGACGUUUGCGAUAACGAGAAUAUUGACAAUAACAUCUCGAAUUUGUUGCAAAAUCGAACGUUCCGUAUUAUUGUGUUGCACGUGCCGAAGUAGCCGUAGCAGAGCACAACCGCAGGGCACGAUUGUGUAUGCUUAUGAUAAUACUAUAAUUGUGCUUACAGUACACUACGGUCCGUUCGUCCGGUCGAGGUCACACUGUUUCACGGUGGCGACGACUUUAUUUUCGUCCCCUCCUUCCCCUCCCACGAAAAUAAUACACUUCACUCCGUGUACUUUGAUAAUAACACACGAAUUAUCACCAGUAUUUUCGUCACCGUUCGACCCUUACGCCCGGACGUUCGUUACCUAUGUGCGUUUUUCGUUUUUUACCCGUUUUCAAUAUACAGUCAAAAUUCCGCCGUUAAACGGAAUUCAGUUAGGGCGGUGGUGUUCCACUUCUAAGGUAAGUCGAUGUGCGAUUAUUAUUCGCGUACAAUUUACUUAUUUACAUACCCGGGGCUUCCGUUUUAGACGUCGUAGUAGUCGUGCGGAGGGAGGGGCUCUUGGACUUGUCUCGGUGGUUCUGCCGAGUUUACAGACUUCAGUGUCGUUUUUUUCGAAAUAACCCUCACGAACAAAUUUCCCGUGGAUACUGGAUAGCUUUCGUAAUUUUGGAUAUUGUUCUAUAGCACCGUUGCUUCACCCCCCCCACUAUUUAAAAAUAAAACCAGGAAACCUCACGUCUUUGUGUGAUUCAUUAGACAUCAUCUGUUAUUGUAGGUAUACAUUUCGAGAUAGAUACCCUUAUAGUAAAAUUAAUAUGCUUACCUACUUCCAAUGUUCGUAAGUUUUCCAUUUCAAAUCAUAUAUUUUGUCGACGUUAGUGUCUUUUAUAUCGACAGAUUAGUUUUAAUUUAUAUAUAUGUACCUAGUUGUUUUUGGACAAAAUAAUAUUUAGAGAUUUUCUAGCAAGCAUUUUAUAUUUCAUUAAAAAAAAAAAAAUUAGUAACAAUUGUAUAAAUAAACAUGCCAAAAGAGUUUAAAAGAAAUUCUGUGAUUAUUUUUUAUUACUAGCAAAAUACUAAUGUUGGUAGGUUGCGUACCUAUUUUGAUUGAUUCAUCAUUAAGAUAUUUUGCUAAGAAGAUUAGCUACCUACUUUUAUUUACACCUACCUACCACUUGUUUUUUUUAAAUUUUUUUUUUUCUGUAUGAAGUGGGUUUCAUUCGUUAAAUGUAAAGGUGAUUAAAUCAUGAUGGCAUGAAAUACUUAUGUGUUAUUAAGUACUCAAGGUCAAAAUAAUGAAACUAUAUUCAGGAUGUUAUGUGGUUUGAGCAUUUUAAUUGUGAUGUAGGGAUACAUACUUAAUUUGUACCUACACACCUAUUUGUUGUUAUUAUUUAAUUUGCUUAAUAAUAAUUAUUGUAAUCUCAAAAAUUAUUAUUUGAAAUCUAAUUGGUUAUAGGUUGUUGUUAUAUACAAAUCGUAAUUUGUAAAUUGUUCAUCUAUAUCAAUUUAAUUUAGUUUUAGCUAUGUAAUAAAAUAAAAAACUUUAAUGAUGUAUUGUUAUUUGCCAUUAAGUGUUGUAAUCCAGUACAUUAAUUUAAAUACAUGAUUGAAUGAUAUCUAGGUAUUUUUAAAGCCGUUGAAUUGAAAUUUAGGUAGUAAUUCAUAAUAAUAAACUUAAAAUGACAAAAUUACCAAAUUUCUUUAGUACUAUAUUGUAGCAUAUAAUUUUUAAAAUUACAGUUUAACUUUUAAGAUAAAACAUUGAUCUUUGAUCUUUAUUUGUAUGAACACUGAUAAUAAUGUAAGAUAAUUGAAUGUGAUGUACUAGACUAUGUUACUACUAGCAGCUUAUUCAGUUUAUAGUCACGAGUGCUUCAUGUUUCAUAUUUCUUACCGUUGCUUAAUUUUAUAUACGUACUAUACUAUUAUGAUUGUAUUAGUAUUUUACACAAUACCAGGGUAACUAAAAAAAAAAUAAAUAUCAUAAUUAAGAUGUUUAUACUAAAUCAAUAGUUCAUACCUACGUACUUCAAAUAUUUAAUAUUGUGUUAAACCAAAAAUUUAAUUUACAGGGACAGCGUCAGCUGGUAAAGUGGUCUGCUACAAGGAACGAUUGGCGUACAGCAAAUUGGCAAUCCGGUCUAAACGUCGAUCCACCGUGGCAUUGCUGACAUUGUUUCUGAUUGAUCUUUACGCUGUUCAUUAAGAUAUUGCUACUGAGCUGCCUCGUAAGUAAAAUAGUUGCAGAUACUAAACAUAUAGAAAUAAGAGUUUAUCUGAAUAUUUACAGUAAAAAUAAUUUUCAAAUUUAGUGAAUUAUUAUAUAAAAUUAACUAUUAUUAUGAAAUUGCUAAUUGCUAAUUGCUAAGUUGACAGAGAAUUUGAAAAUAUCCUUAGAGGAGUGUCCACUAUUAGGCAAACGUUUAGAAUAAAAUAUGUAGGUAAUUGUAUUUAUACAAAUAUAUAUAAAAAAGCAAUUAUAUUUAAUUAAUUAUGCGGAAUAAACGUUUGCAAUUAAAUAAAUAAUAUUAAUAAUAACAGUAAAAAUAAUUUAAUACAUUUUUAAUGAUUUCAAAUUUAUCAUAUGAUAUUGGUAUCUAUAAAUAAAUGUGAAAUUACAUAUUUUCACUAUUCAUAUUAUUUGAAAAAAAACUAUAUAUAAUUUUUACUGAUUUGAGUAGGUACUACUUUUAUUUUUUCAUAUUUACGUGAUACAAAUAUUGAUAAAUAAAUAACUGUAUUUAUGUGAAAACUGUUAUUAUAAAAUUCUUAUUAUUAAGUGUUAUUUUUAAUGUGUUCAUUUAUUAUUAAAUUAAUUACUUAUUAUUAAUUUAAUAAUUCAUUAUAUUUCACUAUUUAGAAGUUCUAUUAUUAAGAGGUAUCUGUAAUCAGUUGUUUUACUGUGUUCGUUUAAAUAUAUUCAGUUAGGUUAUGUUUGAUUUAUGUAAGAUAGAUCAAUUUAUUGAUCUUUAUGUAUAUUUUAUUAAUUGUUGUUUAAAUAAAUUUAUUGGUUGGUAUAUAUUUAUUCUUAAACUAGAGUUUGAAUAUUUUAAUGUGUUAUACUUAAAAAAAAAGUAAUACUGGGGAUGGAAGCACCCACUAUUGUAUGUGAGAAGUUGGGAAGGUAGGAUAAACCAUUGCUUGAUGAAAGACGAUUCUGAGUGCAGUUCGGUAAUACAUAAUUUGAAGUGCCAUAAUUUUUUUUGCGAUUGUCGUUAAAAUUUGAUUUCAAAACGUGUAUUAAAAAAAAAAACAAAAAGUUGUCUGGUGAUUUUGAAAUUUUACCACGUCUAGGUAAGUCCAAUAUAAGUAUUAUUACCAAGUUUCAAGUCCCGUAAGUAUAUUUAUAACUGAAAAAAAACUCCCAAAAAUUAAAAUUCUUUAAAAGCUCAAAAUUGACUUAAAAGCUUUGCAAUGAUACCCUAAAAAAGUAAAUCAAAAGGCAACAAAAAAGGUGUCUUGUGAUUUUUUGAUUAAAUCAUUUUUUCUUGUAGAAAACGUCCGUGUUUUUAUGAAAUAAUGUCGUCGGAAAUUAAAAAAUAACUGUUUUAAAGUACCAUUUAGACAACUUGAGCUUACAGAAAAGUUGCUACGUGUAAAAAUCAGAGCAAGUUGGCAGGGAAAAAACGUGUCCGUGGACUAGAACAAAAAAAAAAAAAAUGAUAAAGAAAAAAUAAACAGUAUUGUAAAACCAACAGCUCCCUCGCUACACUCUGGAUCUAAAAGUGAUGUCAUUCAUAUGUUAUACAAUUAAGAUGUAUCAUAUUCAUACAAGUGUAAAAUAAAUAUAAAAAUUAAUACAAAUUUGAAAAGUUCUUUUAAUGAUUUUCAUUUUAUAAUUCAUAUUUAUUUAAUAAAAAAAAAUAAAAUUCAAAUUAUUUCCUUGACUUAUAAUUCUUAGUACAUUAUGCUUUUUUAUUUUGUUAAAUGUUAUGAAAUACUAAUUAUUUAGGUUUUAAUUAUUUUUCUAUUGUUCUUAUCAAAGAUAUUACAUAAUUAUAUAGAUAAUCAUGCUAUUCUAUAAAAUGUUAAUUAUUAGAAAUACCUAAAAAUUAAUAAUUAUCAUCAGUGUGUGACUUGGCAGUAUUAACUAAUAAGUAUUUAUAUUAAAAUUGUAACUAUUUAAUUAUUAAGAUUAUAGUACUUAAUUCUAUGAGAAAAUUAUUGUUUUAAUUAGUGGGUACCUACUUGAGAAAUUGUAUUCGAUUUUAUUUACUUGGGUACUUAAAAAGCUAAUUUAAUUUUUAUAACUAUAAAAAAUUCAAUUUCAUUUUGUUUUAUGCGCAGAUUUUUAAUUCAUAGAUACAACCUCACCAAUUGAUUUUUAAUAUAUUUUUUUUAAUACAUAACUGACAAAAAUUGUAUGGAUAUUAUACAAAUAACUUUCCUGGCUUCUUCAAAGAUAUAUCAAUUAAUAGGAUACAAAAAAUAAUUAAUAGUAUCUAUUUUGAUUCUAUUUGGUUUAUGUCAUUUAAGAUUUGUAUCAUUUUUUAAAUAGGUAUCAUGUUUAUUAUCUGUUGAAAUUUAUUUAGGUACUCUGAAUAUUCGUUCUACCAAAAAAUGAUUUAAAAAGUACAUUUAAAAGUUACAAGUAUUAAUUAUUAUUUUAAUUUUGUUUUGUUCACAGUUUACCUUUUCAAUUUGCUAACAAUUUUGGUGAUUAAAUAUAAUAUAUAAGACACUAGUUGUAUUAUACAAGAGAAAUAAGUAUGAGAAUUUGUGGGCUUGAAGAACAAAUCCAUGUCAUUGAUGAUAAAGUCACGGUCAAAGAAAUUAUUAAGGAUAUAGUUAGAACAAAGGUAUUGUGAUAAUUAUCUUUAUUUAUCAUUGUAUGAUAUUCCUGUUGUUAUCAAAUUAUAAUACAUUUUGAUUUUUCUUAAUUAGGAAAUAUUUGAUCCAUUUUAUAUACUUGAUAUUGGUGAUCUUGUGCAUAAAGCAAGAGUAUGGCAGCAAAAACUACCCCGUGUAAAACCAUUUUAUGGUGAGUUCAGAUAAAUAUUUGAUCAAAUUAAUUAAUGUAUUUUAAUAUUCAAUCUUUAAACUAAGAUUAAUAAAACUAUAGCAUAAUACAGAUGAUAGUAAUAUAUAAUAUUAGUUUAAUAGGUACUGAUAACAACAAAAAUAAUUUGAAGGGUACAGGAGAAAAAAUGGUAGUAGUCAAUUUUUUUUUAUUUUGAUUUUAUGGUUUGAUUUGAUAGCACAUUAGAAGUAGUAUUUAGUGGAAAAAGAAUUUAAUUUUACUAAUAUUGAAGUGAAAAGAUUAGGAAUACAGAUGAAGAAAGGUCCAACUUUGUUUUUGUUUUCUUUAAAAAUUUACAGAAAUGGAGUACUACCGUUUUUACCUUGUACCAAUAAUUUGUUUUUGGCUUUAAAAUUAGUAUGUGGGUGAUAAAAUUUCAAUUUACCUUGAUAAGGUCCUGCCACACUAGGAUGAUUAUGCCGUACGGCAACGACCAUUGUGUUCAACCUUCCAGUUUUGUUGGGCAUCACACUACAAAGAUUUAGAUCAAAAUGAGUAUUGUUCAUACAUAGUUUAUAUACAGCACAUAUAUAUUAUAUUAUACCGAUAAUAUUUUUAUAUUCUCUGAUAAGAAAUCUGUUUUCACAAAUAUCGAUAACAAAAGUGAAUGCUUCUGAUUGGUGGCGCAAGUUUGUUCCCGACUCUCGGGACGUUCGUGAUAAAUGCUAGUAAAAUUACUAUUGAAUAAAUUUGAAUUUUAAUAAAACUAAAAAUUGUUUAAUGAUUAAUGUAUCUCUAUUAAUAUUAUUAAAUACCAACAAUUUUUGUAAAAGUUAAUUUUAUAAAAUAACUAUCUUGGAUUUUAAAAAAAUAAUAAAAAUCUAAAUUUGUAUUUUUAAUUCUAAAGUAAUAAAAUAAAAUAUAAAAAUGUAUAGCAAAAAUAGUAAUGCAUUUUUAUAAUUGAUUAAAUGUGAUAAUAGACUGACAAAAUAUGGGCAAAUAUUUAUAACCUUAAAAGGCAUUGGUAAAAAAUUGCUGCUUUUCACUCUUUGUACAGAUUGUACAGAUGUCCCACAUUGUUAUAUUUGUAGUACUUGUUAUAAUAUAUUUAAUUUAAUUUACUGUGCAAUGUAUUCUAUUUAAGUGUUUAAAAUGAAUUAACCUUAAAUUUUAGCUGUGAAAUGCAACGACAAUUCUCUUGUGUUGGAAACUCUAGCUGCUUUUGGGUUGAAUUUCGAUUGUGCUUCCAAAGUAAUAUUUUUGAAAAUAAAUAAUUAAUAAUAUUGAUGAAUUGUAAUUCAAUUUCAUUUUAUUGUUAUUUAUUUGUAGGCCGAAAUAAAAAAAGUUUUGGACUUGGGAGUGAGUCCCUCUCGUAUAAUAUUUGCCAAUCCAGCUAAAAUGACUUCCCAUAUUAAAUAUGCAAUGAACCAAAAUGUAGACCUUACCACAUUUGAUAAUGAAUUGGAACUUUACAAAAUUAAAUCUAUCAAUCCAUCUUGCAAGUAAGAUUAUAGAUAUUUUGUAUGUGAAUAACAACAUUUAAAAAUUGAUAUGUUUUCUAGCUUGGUUAUACGAAUUCGUUGUGAUGCUGUUGAAACACAGUGUCCCCUUGGUAUCAAAUAUGGCUGCGAUCCUGUAACUGAAGCACCUGUAUUAUUAACGUUGGCCCGAGAUUUAGAUUUGUCUAUUGUCGGAGUGAGUUUCCAUGUUGGUUCUGGAUGCAAUGAACCUGUUGCUUUUAGAAGGGCAAUUGCUGCUGCGUCAGAUGUUUUCACCUUUGCUGAGCAGUUGGGUUUCAUUAACAUGUAUUUGUUGAACAUUGGUGGAGGAUACCCUGGAAAUAAGGAUACUUGCUUGGACAAAGUAUAAUAUUUUGAAUAAAGAAAUGCUUAUUAAAUAUAUAUAUAUAUAUAAAUUUAUUAUAUAUGUACAGAUUGCUGAUAUAGUAAAUGAUGCACUGGAUGAAUGGUUCCCUGCUAGUAGUGGUGUGACUGUCAUGGCAGAGCCCGGUAGAUAUUUUGCAGCAUCUGCUUUUACUCUGGCCACAAGAAUUCACUCCAUGAAGAAACGUUCAACUAUUGACGAACAUAUGAUGUAUUUUAUUAAUGAUGGUGUAUAUGGUUCUUUCAAUAGCAUUCUGUAUGAUCAUUCAAUUGUUGUUCCUAAACCUUUGAAUGUAAGUUGAUAUUAAAUUUAUUUGCGGGUUUUUUUUUUUUCUUAAAGGUUAAAUUUUUAACUUUUUAAUUUUAAUUAUAACAGGAUUAUCCAAUGGGUAAAACGUCUCCGUGUUCUAUUUGGGGACCUACCUGCGAUGGACUAGAUCAAGUGAUUGAUCAGGUAAAUUUGCCAAGAAUGAAAAUGGGAGAUUGGAUUAUUUUUGAAGACAUGGGAGCCUACACAAUACCUGUGGCUAGUACAUUUAACGGAUUCCCACUUCCCAAAGUAUUUGCUGUCGCUAACCGAGGAAUUUGGUAAGAAUCUACUUUCUUAAACAGUUUGUGAUGUAGAUUUUUUCGUAAUUUAUUGAUUGGCCAUUUUCUAGGCACAAGUUGAAGAACUUAAUGCCCUUUUCUGAAGACCAUUUCACAACAGUACCCAUAGUUGCGACCAUCAAAAUGGUUCGUUCCGAGUCAAGUGAUGACGAUACUUGGGAAGAAAACGAUGUGGAAUACAACACCAGACAUUAUCCAUGUCUUCAUAUGAAAAAUAUGUUCUCGGUACCUGAGGCAUGAGUUUUGUACUACUCGUAUAAUGUUAAAUAACUUAGUCUCCGUUUUGUUAUAUUUAAAGUUUGUGUUAAAUUUCCUGUUAGCGUCAGUUGAAUGGAGUAAAGAGGCAGCUCUCCUAAAAAGCUAUACACUUAAAAUAUACAUACCUGCAUACAUAUAUACAUACAUAACAAUUCAAUACAUUUUAAUCCUUAAUUUAUUCUUUACCAUAAUUUAAGAUUUGUUAAUUUUAAAAUAAUAUAACGUUUAUAUUUCUUGGUGAGUUGUUUAGUAUCUAACGUUUUUUUUUUUUAAAUUUAUAUUUUAUGAAGAAUUAACAUCACUACAUUUGAGUAUCUAACAACUAGUAUUAGACAACUGACCAAAAAAAUUAAUGUUUGUUAACCGAAAAAAUAAAUAGAAACGAUUGUGGAAUUUGUGGAGACUGAAUAUCUUUAUAUUGUGUAUUUUAUUUUCAUAAUAUCCUUAUUUCGCAUAUUUUUUCAGAACUAUGUUUCCUUCUACUACGUAUACAUAUUAUUAAACAUUAGAAAACACUUAGUGAGAAUAAAAAAAUGAUUAUAAAAAAAAUUUAAAUUACUAAAAAAUUGUGUAAUCUAUUUUCAGUGCUAUGCUUGAUUAAAUAAACUAAUAAAUAACAGUCUAAUUGUUUAGAGUUAAAUUUUAAAAGUAUGUAAGUUUGAAAACCGAUUCUAGUAUACCAAUAUUAUGUAUUAGGUAAUCAAAUAUUUAAGGUGGAGAUGAUUUCCCAGAUGGGUAUAUUUUUCUUCAGACCAGCAAAAUGCCCUUAGUAAACAAUAAUAAAAAAAACCACAAAAUAAUUAAAUGUUCCCUAAUCCUGUUCAUUACAACUCAAGAAAAUCUAAGUCAUGAAUACAAGUUGAUGGAUUUGAUUGGUUAUAUUUAUUAUCUCGGAAAGCAUUAACAUGCCACGUACCGUGCCGCCACACACAUAAUAUUUAAAAGUGGAAUAUCUUGUCAACGUGUUGAUGGAAAUCAAAACUUUCAAUCAACACCAACAUUUUUUUAAUUUAAUAUUCCAUCUAUUUAUGGAAUUUUUAAUAUAGGUUACCAUUUGAAAAUCACAAGUAGGUAGUGGUUUUACCCUCAAAAAUAAGGACGAAAAAUAAUUACAUGUAAAAUUUGUUGAGUUGCUUGUUUCCUUAAUGUUCUAUAAAAUAAAUUCAGAAACAAAUGUUAAUACUUUCUGGGAUAAUGAGUACAUACUUAAAUGGACCACAUAUCUUUCAAUAAUGUUGAUUUGAAUUUGAAAAAAAAAAUCAUGAAAUUCAACUGCUCCAAAUCAUGGUGUCAUAGAUGUCUAUGCUACCACUAACCAGAAUAUACUGUAUCUAAUAUUUUUAUAUUCCAGUAUGUAGGAAUUGAGACAUUCCUAAUCUCAUUGGUUGUUGAGAUUUGCCUUUAAUGAGCAGUACGCACAAGAGAUCACAAGAACAAAAAUAGUUUGAUUUAUUAAACAACUAAAGUGUUUGGGAAAACUCUUUGGUAUUAUGUCCUUAAAAACUGAAGAUGUUAGGAAGAAGAAUCUUAUAUUGAAGGCAUCGCAAAAAUUCUAUACAAAUUGGAACACGAACUAAAGAUUGCAAAUAUUUCUGUCAGAUAUAGAAAAACACCUACUCACUGGUAAAUUAAAAUUUAUAUGAAUAGAUAAAUCUUGUUAAUAAAUGUAGAUUUUUGUUUGAACCACGACGGUUGGUAAAGUACUUAGCAAGGUGGAUUAAUCCAACUAGGCUCUUAUUAAAGUUGAAUAUCGUUUAUUUUUGUACCUAAUCGUAAGUUAUCUAUGAUGGCUCGACGUUCGAAUGAAUAAAACGUACAGUUACAGUACCUAGGAAUAUACAUAUGCGCUAGGUACCUACUAUAAAAAUAAAAGACGGAUACACUUCACACGUGGGUGGGCUACUGUUGUAGAUGAGAAGUUGGG